GCCAGAGACGGUUGUGCAGUUUUAAAAAACUCAUCCCGCCCCUCCACACACAAACAACCCUCCCCUCUGAGCUACCUGAUCCCUCCCACCGGAACGACCUGAACUACGUCAUCAGUAAAGCUGUGAUCACCGGUAGUAAACAUCGGAACGGAGAUUUACCAUGUCGGACUCACAGACCUCCCAUGACAGCACACCUGACUCUCCGGACGUGGGUCCUUCCACGCGCCCACCUAGACGAAGGGGGCAGGGCGCAACACGGUCUGCUGAAGGACGGGGGCGAGGUGCCCGAGGCCGAGGUGCCCGAGGCCGAGGUGCCCGAGGCCGCGGAUCUGGUCGCGGUUUGACCCUAAAUCUGUCUCCAGAGGAUAUUCAACGGAUGCAGGAUCUCCAGGCGCAACGCAUUGAUUUUGAAGAUCGAUUGAUUGGGAGGUUGAGCAUACAGCAAUCACACCAGAUGCUCAGGGAUAUUCUACACCAUGACCCCUCCCUGGUGUUUGAUUUGAGGCUUCGGACAUCAGAAGGGGCUCCACCAGUCCCACCAUCCACAGCUGCUGCUCCCUCCUGGUGUGUGUGUGCAAGGUGUCGGGAAAUGCCCACAGACCUGGAAAGGAAAUGUUGUCGUUUCCGACCUGAAGAGUGCAUUUCCACCAUGCCCCACAUGGAAAUCUUCAUCCUCAUGGAGGGUCAUCUGCGGAUGGCUCGGAGGCUGUGGAAUGACAUCAGGGCAGUAGAAGAUGCACAGACCCCAGGGGAGAGCAAUAGACAAUUCCGCCAUGCAGCCUACAGACAGUGGGUUGUGUGGCAGUAUGGAUCACUAGGGAGUGGACGGCGUGUGGUGGUACCCAGCUGCUGUGUUUGGGCCAUCAGGUACAGAUUUCCAGAUCCAAAUGGACAUUAUGUUGGAUUCAUCCCAAGCAGGGUUUGACACAGCUAAGUGUUGUGUUUAAAACUUCAAUAGGACAGAGUUUUAUUUUUUAAAUUUGUUUCAGGCAGGUUACUUGCCUUUUAUUUAUUGUGUUUUAAAUUUCAAUAG